AUGUUGGAACUGUCCUGCUGUCACUUCAACCACUUCCCGCUCCCCAACUCUCGCCACCCCCCCCGCUCCCUCAUUUUACUCCCUCUUUUCCAUCAGCAUGGGUGCGUGCGAGCUGCUGCAGCAGGAGCCGGGGUCCCUAGAGAACCGAUCGAUCUUGAUGUUCAGAUGCCUUCUCUCCCCAUCCCUCCUUCCCCCUUACUAAUCUCCCUUGUCUUUAACAGCAUGGGAGCGUGCGAGCUGCUGCAGCAGGAGCCGGGGUCACUAGAGAACCGAUCCAUGCUGGAGCUACUCCAUUUGAACGACCAGCCGCUCUUCAUGGACACGCUGGUUAAGUGCGCGCGCUUAGCUCCCUCCAGCAGCACGGCUCCGUCGGUCCGCCCGUGCAGUGCACACGCCGCCACAGGAACCAGCCAGCCGAACUAUAGGCAGCAGUCUCCUGGGAAUACACCGCCAUGGGUUACAGUACCCGCUACAACCCCUGCCACAACUCCUGCGACAACUCCUGGAGUAACCCCCUUUCACCCGCCGCACCAGGAGUCGCACGGUUGUUUUUCAGGCGCUUCUUCUUCGCACGCUGCCCGGCGCGAGUUUUCUACGGCUGGGGCUGCUGUUUCGGGCAGCGGCGGAAGGUUUUUCCGCGGGCAGCACCAGCUGCACGUGCGGCUGAGGGUGGAUGAGGAAGCAGAAGGGGAGGACCCUCAGACUGAGCAGCAGUUUGUGUGGGUGCGCGCGCGGAUGCUGCCUGUGGUGGCAAGGAGGCAAGGCGUAGGAGAAGCGAGGAGAGAUGCACGGGGAAGGGAGUCAGAAGGAAGUGAUGCAGCGUUUGAUCUUAUAGAGGAGGGAGAUCCGUUAGAAGACAGGCAGUUACUGGAUCAGCUUCCAACGAGGAUAGAGGAGAUUAAAGCGCGUUUGGAGAGUGGAGAGGGUUUGGAGGAAGAGGCGCCUAGAGUUGGAGCAGGGGAGAGGAGGCGGCAAGGGGAUUUGGGGAAGUGGCAGGGAGGGAGAGGAGGUAGAGGGAGCCGCGGGCAAGGAUGGGGUGAAGGGGCGAGUGUUGAGGCGAAGGGUGGGCAGUUGUUGGGGCAGGAGAAGGGGCGAAGCAGUGAUAGGGAGAAGGAGAGGAAAGAGGGGAGCACGGGAGACAGGGAGAAGGGAGAGGGAGACCGGCAGGAGCAGCAGAGCAUGAGUGGUGGGUGUAACAGCGCUGCUGCUGCGGAGGAAAUUGGCAGUGGGGCAGGUCAAAUUGGUGGUGUGAACAAUGAAAGCAGUGAGAGGGAGGCGUUAUCUGGGGAAGGUGGGCUGGUAACCUAUGGGUUGCACCUGAGGAGGGCACUGGAAGGGGAAGGGGAAGCAGAAGGGGAUGUGACUAAAGAGGAGGAGGGCGGAAAGGAUGAGGAGACGGGGGAGAGAGGGGAGAUGGUUGCGAGGAAAGGAGGGAGGGGAGAGAGAGCAGGGGGCGUGUUGGAUCUGCCGAGUAUAGGCAAGGGGAGGGAGAGCGGGGAGGAGGGAGUGGAGGGGGAGGGGGGAGCUGCUGGAAAGGCGAGUGAGGAGGAGGAGGUAGAGGAGAUUGUGAGGGUCAAACCGGGUCGGAUGGGGAUGGGAAUGGGGAUGGGGAUGGGGAUGGGGAUUGGGGGGGUGGAUGAAGCCGCAGCAGGGAGAGGGGCAGAUGGACAAGGAGCGGAUUUUCUCCCACCAGGGGUGCAAGCUGCUGUUGCUGCUGCUGCUGCAGCAGGGGGAGGGGGAUCGGAUUCGGAUAGCCUAAGCAAGUUCUUUUCCGCCUUGUUUCGCUUCUUCCCCACCUUCCCCCCCCCCCUCCCCCCCUCUUCGAUCCCACCCUCCAUCUCACCCUCCCUCUCUCCUUCCCUCCUCCCUCCCUCUCCCCCACCCUCUUCUCCCUCCCCCCUCCUCCCCACCUCUUCCUUCCCUUCCUCCUCCCCCCACGCAGAACCCCAUAUUCGUUUGACCCCAUAUUCGUUUGACCCCAUAUUCGUUUGUAAGAACCUCACUAUAGUCGACUGCAACGACAGCGCCGCCCGGAUCCUCCGGGUGGCCCAGAACGAGCGCAACACCCGUAUCUUCGGCCAAUCACCCGUCGUCUUCUCGCCCCCAGUGCAACCCGAGGGGAUUCUUUCGGCAGUAGCAAGCGAGCAGCGCUGGUUAGACAUCGCCACGAGCAACGGCCGCCCGUUCCGGUUCCCCUGGGUGCACAUGUCAAUCGACGGUCAGAUGUUUCUCGUGGAGGUGAUGGCGAUGGUGCUAGUGGACGGCCCAGAUACGUUCCACAUCACCACGUGGAAGCAGUACCUCAACUCCUCGUCUCUUACCCGCGAGCUGAGGCUCGCCGCCCGUGCGAAACGGGCGGCUGAGAGGUCGCGGGUUCAAUUCCUGGCGAACAUGAGUCAUGAGCUGAGGACGCCGAUUAACGGCGUGCUGGGGUAUGCACAGCUGAUGAUGCAGACCCAAUUGGAUCCAGAGCAACAGUCUUAUCUGCAGAGUAUAUACGAGUCGGGCGAGGUGCUUCUUGGAACCGUCUCUCAGGUGUUGGAGAUGAGUCAGCUGCAGAAGCGGGAGGUGGUGCCAAGACGGGUACGCUUCAAUCUGCACAGGGCUAUUGGGGAGGCGGCUGGCAGCAUGCGCCCUCUGGCUCACAGGAAAGGGCUGCAGCAUGGUGGUGGGUUAGCAACUUGGGGCUGCCUCGUUGCUGGCAGAAUGCGGUCUCUUGCGCACGGGAAUCCCAUUGCCCUUCUCUCUCGUUCCCUGACAUCCCUCCCCGUUCUCACCCCUUUGCAGUUCGGGAUCAGCAUGGACAGGGCAGUGCCGCACGCAGUCCUGGGUGACCCAUCCAUGCUGCGGCAGCUGCUGCUGCACCUUCUCUCCAACGCCCUCAAGUUCACCCACCAAGGCACCGUGCAGCUCACCGUUCGCGUGCUGGCCCCUCCUGGCGCUGGUGCUGGUGCUGCUGGUACUGCUGGUUCUGGUGGGGGAGUGGGGGCGGGAGGGAAGCAGAGGGGUGUGGGUCGAAGGGUGUCGCAGGUUAUGGGCAAGGCAGGGGAAGGUCUGCAAGGGGGUUUAGUGGGGAGAGAGCAGCACGAGCAGGAGCGUCAACAGGAGCAGCAGCAGCAGGCGGAGCAGGUGGAGCAGGUGGAGCAGGAGGAGGGGGAGGCCUGUUCUGCUGCUAACGCUCAGGGUGUGUGGGGGAGGAGUGACGGGGGAGCAAGUGGGAGGGAGUGUGGGGCUGUUGAAGCAGGAGUGGGAGUGCCGCCCGACAUGCUGCAUCAAAUCUUCAAGCCCUUUGUGCAAGUGGACAACUCCGCCGCCCGGGAGUAUCAGGGCCUCGGGCUGGGAUUGGCUAUUGCGCAAUCGCUUGUGCGGCUUCUGGGUGGCGAGGGGAUUCAUAUUGAGAGCGAGCCGGAUAAGGGGUCAUGUUUCGCGUUUACCCUUCCUUUUGAGGUGUGGAAGGGGGAGAGGAAGGGGGGGAGGGAGAAGAGGAGGGGAAGGGAGGGUGAAAGUGUGGGUGGGGAUGGGGAUGGGGGUGGGAAAGUGGAUGGAGGGGAGAAAGGGGAGGUGGAGGGAGAUGGAGGAUCGAGGAGAGAGGUUCUUGAAGGGGGGUUCGGGGAUAAUGGCCGAGGGAGGGGCAAGCGAGCAAGGAUAGUUGAGGAGAGAUUAGAUGCGGUGAGGAUGGGUGGGGAGAGGUUCCAGUCGUUUGAGGCUGAUACGGGGGAGUUUGGUGGGUUACUAGCAGAGGGGAGUGAGCGUGAGCGUGGGGCGAGCAGGGAGGGAGAAGAGGGAGAGGACGCGAGGAAGGGUGGUGCAGGGAGUGUGAAGCGGAAGCGAGCAGAGGAGGUUGGUGACGAUGAUGAGAUGGGGAUGAGGCAGGAGCGUCAAGGGGAGGGGAAAGGCAGGGGCAUGUGGGGAGAGGUGCAGGUGGGUCGCUGGGGGGAGGAGCAGGGGGGGGAGUGGGGAGAGGAGGGAAGUGAUGAGAUGGAGGAGAGUGGUAAGGAGAGAGGAAAGGAAAGACGAAGGGAGAGAGGGGAGGGGAGGGGGGAGAGUAGAGAUGUGGAGGCACGGAGGGAGGAGGCGAGGAGAAGGAAAUGGAGGGUGCAACACGACAGAGGAUUCUUCAGUGGUGCUAGGCGUGCCACUAAGGGGCAAGAAGGGCUUUUGGCUGAAUCGAAUCCUUUAGGUGCUGCCCUGAUCCGAACCACCAGCCCUAUAAGUGCUGCUCUGCUCCGGUCUGAGAUUCCUACUGCCGCUUGUAUAGGAGCUUCUAUAGGCGCUCCCAUGGGUGGCUCUAUGGGCGCUUCUCCAGGCGCUACUGUGGGAGAUUUCGCCAGCCAGCUCCUCUUGUUCGACCCUGAGAUGCAAGCCCAGGCACAUGGGACAGCACCUAACUUUCAGAGAACAUUCGUCUCUUCACCUGCCAGCCUGGCAGGAGAUGGGGCCACUGCAGCUACAGCAACGGCUGUAGCUGGUGCAUGCUCUCUCAGGGGUUCCCAAGGAGCAGGUGCAGGCAAGGCCGGCACUGCGGGUGCGGGCAAGACAGGCACGGGGCUGAAGUGCCUUGUGGUGGACGACAACGCAGUCAACCGCAGCGUGCUGCAGCGGCUGCUGCGGUCGCUCGGAGCAGAGCAGCUCGUGCUGGCUCGCAACGGUGCGGAGGCGGUAGCGGUGUGUGAGAAGGAUGGGGAGGGGCUGGAUGUGGUUUUCAUGGACCUCCAUAUGCCUGUGAUGGAUGGGUUUGAGGCGUCCGCGCGGAUUCUUGGGCUUUGGAGGAGUCGGUAUGGAUCUGAUGCAGUGCCGCGGACUAGUAGCAUGUCGCAGCAGCAGCAGCAGCAGCAGCAGCAGCAGCAGCAGCAGCAGCAGCAGCAGCAGCAGCAGCAGCAGCAGCAGCAGCAGCAGCAGCAGCAGCAGCAGCAGCAGCAGCAGCAGCAGCAGCAGCAAGUUCAAGCAGUGCAGCCCUUACAGCCCCAGCAGGUGCAGCUGCAGCAGCAAGAAUGUUCGUUUCGGUACAGACCGCUGCUUGUUGCAAUUACGGCAAGUGCAUUGGAGGAGGAAGAGGAGAAGUGUAGGAAGGAGACGCGCCGAUCCCCAUACCCCUUUCCCUUCCCACAUCCCCUUUCCCUAACCCCAUCCGCCUUCCCCUCCCCCAUCCCCCUUCUCUUUCCCCAUCCCCCUUCUCUUUCCCCAUCCCCCUUCUCUUUCCCCAUCCCCCUUCUCUUUCCCCAUCCCCCUUCUCUUUCCCCAUCCCCCUUCUCUUUCCCCAUCCCCCUUCCCUUCCCGCAUCCCCUUUCCCUUUCCCCAUCCGCCUACCCUUUCCCCAUCCCCUUCUCUUUCCCUAUCCCCCUUCCCUUCCCCCAUCCCCCUUCCCUUCCCCCAUCCCCCUUCUCUUACCACAUCCCCUUUCCCUUCCCCACACCCUCCUUUCCCUUCCCCCAUCCCCCAUUCCCUUUACCCAUCCCCCAUCCCUUCCCUGCAUCCUCCUUUCCCUUCCCCCAUCCCCCUUCCCUUCCCCCAUCCCCCUUCCCUUCCCUCAUCCCCCUUUCCCUCCCCCUCUGCUAUCACCUUCUUUUCUCUUUCUGCUACCACCUCCCUUCCCCCUCUGCUGUCACCUCUCAUCCCGUGAUACCACCUCCCUUCCCCCUCUGCUGUCACCUCUCAUCCCGUGCUACCACCUCCCUUCCCCCUCUGCUGUCACCUCUCAUCCCGUGCUACCACCUCCCUUCCCCCUCUGCUGUCACCUCUCAUCCCGUGCUACCACCUCCCUUCCCCCUCUGCUGUCACCUCUCAUCCCGUGAUACCACCUCCCUUCCCCCUCUGCUGUCACCUCUCAUCCCGUGCUACCACCUCCCUUCCCCCUCUGCUGUCACCUCUCAUCCCGUGAUACCACCUCCCUUCCCCCUCUGCUGUCACCUCUCAUCCCGUGCUACCACCUCCCUUCCCCCUCUGCUGUCACCUCUCAUCCCGUGCUACCACCUCCCUUCCCCCUCUGCUGUCACCUCUCAUCCCGUGCUACCACCUCCCUUCCCCCUCUGCUGUCACCUCUCAUCCCGUGCUACCAGCUCCUCCCAUGAAGCCAACACUUCGCCAACCCUUUCACCUUUUUCCCCUGCUUUCACACACUAUUCCGCCAAGCAAUCACUUCCCCAAUUCCUCCCUGCCUCCUUUCUUUCCCCAUGCCAUGCCUCCCCUCGCUUUCCUCCCAUGCCUCAGCUCUGUUUUCCCACUUGUCUCCCCUCUGCUUCCCCCCUUUCUCCCCCCUGUUGA